CGGGCGGAGGAGCGGGAUGUGCGAUCCGGCCGUGUCCAGCUUCCUCACCCAGACGCUGUGCGCCCAUGGCGGGCGGCUGGGGCUGCGGGAGCUGCAGGAGAACGUCGGGCUGUCGGCGCUGCAGCUGCAGGACACGCUGUCGGCGGCGGGCCCCCGGCGGUUCCUGCUGCUGGAGGGCGGCCAGGUGGUCCUGGCCGUGACGGACGCGCGGGUCUGCGUCCGCAAGGAAUGCGACGGCUGCGAGCGGCUGCACCUCUGCAAGCAGCACCUCAUGGGCAGGUGCCACCUGGGGCCCAGCUCUUGUAAGUACUCGCAUGACAUCAUGAAUGCGGAGAACAAGAAAGUUCUAAAAAAACAUGAUUUGUCUGGCCUCAGUGAGAAUGAGCUGCAAGUCCUGCUUCUCCAGAAUGAUGCAUUCUUCCUCCCUGAUACCUGCCAGUUAUACAACAAAAAAGGUUCUCACUGCACACAGCAAAGCAACUGCAACAAGCUUCAUGUUUGUUACUAUUUUCUCAAGGGGAGGUGUAAAUUUCCUCAAUGCGUGAUGUCCCAUAACCUCUUGGAUGACCAUGCAUUGAGAGUGUUGGAAACUGUAGGCAUUGAUGGGAAGAUAGCUUCAAACUUCCAGGCCAUAUGUGAUUACAAGCAUAUGGAAUUCAACAGGGAACCGAAGAAGUAUGUACACAACUUCAGAAAUAAUAAUUUGAAAAAGCCAGUAGUUAGAAGGACUAAAGAAGUGAAGACAACUUUGGAUACAGUGCAGUGCAUGCUGGAUGUGCCACCUUCAAAAGGUCCCAGUAGCACUGCACCUGCCCAGAGCCAAGACCAGUUGCCAACAGGAGCAGGAGAUAAAGAUAAAGGGUUGUCUGCAAAUUCAACACCCAGUAGCACUGGACCUGCCCAGAGCCGAGACCAGCUGCCAGCAGGAGUGGGAGGUAAAGAUAAAGGGAAAAAGAACAGUUCCUCUGAUGAAGCUGCAAAGGACAACAAAAAAGAUAACUGUGAUGAGAUCUGUUUGUUCUAUGUCUGGAAGUACUGCAAAAACAAGGAUAGAUGCAAAUCUGUUCAUUACCAUUUGCCAUAUAAAUGGGAAGUACAUGAUGGGUUGAACUGGAAAGAACUUUCCAUGAUGGAGGAAAUUGAAAAGGCCUACUGUGACCCAAAGAACAGCAGCUUUCCAAGUAAGAACAUUAAUUUCCAGACAAUGACCUGCUCUUCUUCUUUGGUUCGACGCCUCUCUACACCAUCAUCAGUCACCAAGCCCACAUUCCUGCUGACCACACAGUGGAUUUGGUACUGGAAGAACAACCAAGACAAGUGGAUUGAAUAUGGGGAACCAGAAGAAGGGACCAGCACGACCUCACCAUCUUCUGCUAUUAUUGAGAAUUUGUAUCAAGCAGAUCCAUGUGCAAUUGUACCUUUCCAUGCUGGCCAACAUCAGUAUGAGCUCAAUUUUAAAGAAAUGAUUCAGACAAAUAUUCAUUUUAACACUCGAAGACGGGUUUGCAGGCGACCGAAAUUCGUGUCUUCUGAAGAUGUGCAGAAGAUAAAGACAGGCAGCCAAAGGGAUUCUUCUAUUCCAAAUCAGAGCUGUCCUAGUCACUGGGAUGCAUCUGCACUGCCUGACUUCGGAUACAAGGCAGUGGUGAUCAGCAACACAACCUCUGAAUACAAUGAAAUAAAGCAGCUGUUUCAUCAGACUAUGAAAAAUUACAGCAUCCUUAAAAUACAGAGGAUUCAGAACCCAUCCCUCUGGAAGGUGUUUCAGUGGCAAAAAGAAAAGAUGAAAAAGGAAAAUGGAGGAAAGGAAGUGCAGGAAAAACGCCUGUUCCACGGAGCUGACGUCACCUUUAUGGAAACAGUCUGCAGUCAGAACUUUGACUGGAGAAUUUGUGGAAGCAAUGGAACUAACUAUGGGAAGGGAAGUUACUUUGCUAGAGAUGCUUGCUAUUCCCACACCUACUGUCAGGCCACGCUGCAGGGACACUCCAUGUUCGUGGCUCGUGUUCUGGUUGGAGACUACGUGAAAGGCAACGCUGCCUACGUCCGGCCCCCAAUGAAGUGUGCUGCCAAGCUGUGGCUGUAUGACAGCUGUGUGGAUAAUGAGUUCAAUCCUGCUGUUUUUGUUGUCUUUGAAAAACACCAGAUUUACCCAGAGUAUAUCAUAGAGUAUAGAGAGGAGAGAAUAAAUGUGCAGAAAGACACAGGAACAAGUGCGCAAAAAGAGACAGGAACAAGAGCGUCUAGAGAGGAGGGAAGAAAAUGUGUCAUAUCUUAGAGGAACGUGGCAGUUUGUGUCCAUCAUCUUGUUUUUCAUAUUGCAGGUGUUCUACUUAGUGACCUUUUUCUUUUUAAUACAGUUCUUCAGAAUGUUAAUCCAGUUUCUGCAUUGAGGAGGGCUGGCAAAGCAGAUGUUACAUUUGU